AUGGUCAUCUCACGGUUGUCAUCUCUACAUACUGAUCAGGGUUCCGUGAAGAAUCGUUCAAGUGUUUUCAGUGAGGCCGUCAUGAUCAUGGUAUGCCCGGUGCUCCUUGCCAUUCUACAGGACAAUGUUCAGCUAAAAUGGACCAGCGCCGCAGUAGCUGGGGCAGCCUUGCUGGCCGGGGUAGUCCAAUUCGUCGUUAUUUGUCUACUGAUGACCGUGAACUAUUGGGUACCGGUGACGGUGAACAAUUGGGUAUUUGGCGUCUCAAAGAUGCUAAUUCACCUCUGCAUAGUACUUGUGAUGAUCCUCGCCGCCAUCAUUAUGACUCUUAUCGUUCUGAAGAGUCUCCUAGGCUACUUGGCGGCUCUGUUCAUCCUUGGAGUUUUCUCCUUUGUAGUGUUGUUGGUGUCAUUGCGGCGAAGAGAUGGGCAGGGAAACAUGAAUACAGAAGAAUUUGAACAAUUCAAGGGUCCACUUGAGGCAUCAGCAAACUUCUCGGCUGCGGUCACAGCUGUUCUGUUUCUUGGUUUAGAAGCCUUGGCGUUGGAGGACGUCGUGAAGGGCAAGGACCUCGUGAAGGGCAACCUAAUGGGACAGCUUGCAUUCCCGCUGGGGUUGAGCUUUGCGACAUGCGCAAUAGGUGUGUUCUCAAUGCUCCUGGUGUCAGUCCAUCCAUUAAUCCAUGACCACAAGACUAACGUGCCGUACUUAGUCCAUGGAUUAAGCAUCACGCUUGGCGUCUCCGUAUGUAUUGUUGUGUACUCUAUCACAGAAGCAGCGGUGGGACAACAUAAGACGAUUCAAUGGUUGAGUCCAUCAGUUGUGCCUCCCUUCAUCUCCCUCUUUCUAGCGUGUUUUGAGACUUAUCGUACGAACGAAAAACAUGAGCCGGCGUCUCUGGAACUGACCAAGAUCACCUUUGCAGCCUUCCUGGCUGUCUCAGUAAUUUCCAGAGCUGACACUUCGGUCGGCGACUGCAGCGCGUUUCUAUGCUUUACGGCAUUAGGUAUUAUGACUGGCGUCCAAUGGAGGCUGAUGACACAUUGGAAGAAUGUACCGGUUGCAGUGGCCAGGGCUGCUGAUGUUGCUUGUUUCAUGUCUCAUUUGUCCAUGGCUUGUGCAGUGAUUCCCUUCUCACUGCUGGCAGCGGCUGUUGUGAAAAAGACAGAAGCCAACUGCCCAGCUGCUGCUCCCUUGCCUUCACACUAG